CGAGAAUUUUCCAAGUGAGCUCAGUAACGCUGCUGUCGUCCCGAAAAGAGGCCAGACUUGGGCGGAGUUUACGACUUUGGCUUUUGCGGCAGCGGAUCUCUGAAUUACAUCUUCUGUGAUCUGAAAUCAAGUGAAACACGCGCUCGCUACUUUUUUGGUGUGCCAGAUUUCAGUGACACAAAGACAUUUUAAAGCAGAGAAACAUGACUCAGUUCAACAAGGGACCAGCCUACGGAUUAUCUGCAGAAGUUAAAAGCAAGAUUGCACAGAAAUAUGACAUGCAGAAGGAAGAGGAGCUCCGUUUCUGGAUCGAAGAGGUGACUGGCAUGCCCAUCGGAGACAACUUUCAGAAGGGCCUGAAGGAUGGUGUAAUUCUAUGCGAGUUAAUAAACAAGCUGCAGCCAGGUUCUAUAAAGAAAAUCAACCACUCACAGUUGAACUGGCACAAGCUGGAGAACCUUGGGAAUUUCAUCAAAGCCAUCCUAACCUAUGGCUUGAAGCCCAAUGACAUCUUUGAAGCCAAUGACCUCUUUGAAAAUGGAAACAUGACUCAAGUCCAGACCACACUGCUCGCCCUUGCAAGCAUGGCGAAAACCAAAGGCCUUGAUACAAAGGUUGACAUUGGAGUGAAAUACGCAGAUAAGCAGGAAAGGCAUUUUGAUGACGAUAAGAUGAAGGCUGGCCAGUGUGUUAUCGGACUUCAGAUGGGGACUAACAAAUGUGCAAGCCAGGCCGGCAUGACUGCUUAUGGCACGCGGAGACACCUUUAUGACCCAAAGACCCAAACAGACAAGCCUUAUGACCAGACAACCAUCAGCCUGCAGAUGGGCACUAACAAAGGAGCUAGCCAGGCUGGCAUGUCUGCCCCAGGCACCAGAAGAGACAUUUUUGAUCAGAAGGUCGCUGUGCAACCUCUGGAUAACUCCACCAUCUCCCUGCAGAUGGGCACCAACAAGGUGGCAUCUCAGAAAGGCAUGAGCGUGUACGGGCUUGGCAGGCAGGUCUACGACCCCAAAUACUGUGCCCCGGCCACAGAGCCCAUCAUCCAUGCCAAUGGCAGUCAAGGCACAGGCACGAACGGCUCAGAGAUCAGCGACAGUGACUAUCAUGUGGAAUACCAAGAGGAGGAGUACCAGGGCAAUUAUCAUGAUGAAUACAGUGGCCACUACAAUGACCAGGGUAUCGACUACUAGGGAGAGGUGCAUCAUUACUCGAAACAGUAUUAAUGCAAUAUAUUCUCAACAGAGCAAGUCUUUUGCUAUCAUCAGUAGUCUUUGUUUUGUAUUAAGGGAUGAGAGAGUGUUAUUGGCUUGUGAUCCUUGCCCCUACUCUAGAUGACCUGUUUUUAAGCUGGCCAUGUUUUACUAUGGUCAUAUUUAAAUAUAAACAGAAAGAUACCUAAAACCUGCUAUGUUAUGAUUCAGAAUGUUACUUUUAACUGCUUUUUUUUUAAUGAAGAAUGGAGAACUGUGAAGAAAAUAUUCCACAUUUUCACUAUGCAGAAUUUGCUCAGCGGAGAUCCACUUUUUUAUUCCCUGCGAUUUCAUUAAUAAGUUUAUUAAUUGACUUUUCACACAUCUCUGAGUGAAUCAGUCUGAAUUCGCAAUUAAGCAUCACCAGCCAAUCUCUGCUCUAUUGUAACAUAAAAGGACUGAGGAUGAUCCUAAGCUGUGUCAAAUAAUGGGCAGAAAUUUAGAGUAAAAGCCUUUAAAUCAUUUAAUUUGUGUUUUGACAUCACUGGAAGAUGAUUUUCAUAUAUUUUAAAUUGCCGAGGCUUUAGUGCAUUUAAGAGAGUUGCUUCAUUAGACUGGAUAACCAAGAGUUCUUUUCAUUUCCUGCUUUUAUCAAAGUUUUAUUUGUGCCAUAAUCCUUUUAAAUUGUUCUUAUACAUUCCACUCCCACUGUAUUUAUUGUCAUUUUGUCAUUUAAGCUGUUCCUCUGUCAUACGGUUCUUUUUAUGAAUAAAUUGUAUGUUAUAAAUAAA